GCCGGUUGACGUCGCCGCAGUGCCGCUGGCCUCCACUGCUGCCCCGGCUCUGCUCCUCCGCCCCAUGGGCGUCCGAGGCUGGCGGCGGCGGAGCUGGAGCUGCGCAGGCUGAGGGUGCAGGCAUCGACGGAGGUCCCGGCUCGGGCCUUCCGCUCUGUCAGACUUAAGAUGAAACGCUACAGAAGGGCCUUCAGAAGUGGAAAGAUAAACAACAUUGAAGAUUAAAAAAAUACGUUGUGCCUUUAGAUGUUCUGAAAAAAUAUCAGUAAUGGAUCAAAGGAAGAAUGACAGCAUUGUCCCCAGUAUCACUCAAUUAGAAGAUUUUCUUACAGAACACAAUUCCAAUGUUGUUUGGCUUCUUGUUGCUACCAUUUUGUCUUGUGGAUGGAUUAUUUAUCUCACCUACUAUAAUUCUCGGAAUGUUGGUCUUAUUUUAACACUGGUCCUUAAUAGAUUGUAUAAACAUGGCUAUAUCCAUAUUGGUUCCUUCUCUUUCUCUGUUCUCUCUGGCAAAGUCAUGGUUCGUGAAAUAUAUUACAUUACAGAAGAUAUGUCUAUUAGGAUUCAAGAUGGAUUUAUCAUUUUUCGGUGGUGGAAAAUGUAUAACCCAAAGCAGAAACAACAUGAUCCAAAGGCAGAAACCAGAUUAUAUAUCACAGUUAAUGACUUUGAAUUUCAUGUCUACAAUCGUUCGGAUCUUUAUGGACGUCUUCAAGAGUUGUUUGGUUUGGAACCAACUAUAAUUCCACCCAAGAAGGAUGAUGAUAAGACAAGGGAAAAUGGAAGAACAAGAACUCAAUCCAAAAUCGAAAGAGUUAAAGUAAAAACAGAGUCUCAAGACCCCACAUCUUCGUGGAGAUCACUUAUCCCAGUUAUUAAGGUCAAUGUGAGCACAGGACGUUUGGCCUUUGGGAACCAUUACCAACCUCAGACUCUGUGCAUCAACUUUGAUGAUGCUUUCUUAACGUACACUACAAAACCACCUUCAAGUCAUCUUGACCAGUUCAUGCACAUUGUGAAAGGAAAGCUUGAAAAUGUUCGAGUAAUGCUUGUUCCUAGUCCAAGAUAUGUUGGUCUUCAAAACGAUGAACCACCGAGACUCAUGGGAGAGGGUUUUGUGGUGAUGCAGUCAAAUGAUGUUGACAUCUACUAUUACAUGGAUGAGCCAGGACUUGUUCCAGAAGAAACAGAAGAGAAUCUAGAAGGAGAAAUAAGCAGUGAAGAUUGCAAAUUACAAGACUUACCUCCAUGCUGGGGACUAGAUAUUGUCUGUGGUAAAGGAACAGAUUUUAAUUAUGGACCCUGGGCUGACAGACAGAGAGAUUGUUUAUGGAAGUUUUUCUUUCCACCUGACUAUCAAGUUCUGAAAGUUUCUGAGAUCGCACAGCCUGGGAGACCAAGACAGAUCCUUGCAUUUGAACUACGAAUGAAUAUUAUUGCAGAUGCUACCAUUGACCUGCUGUUUACUAAAAACAGGGAAACAAAUGCUGUACAUGUAAAUGUAGGGGCUGGCUCAUAUUUAGAAAUUAAUAUUCCAAUGACAGUUGAAGAAAAUGGUUACACUCCUGCAAUUAAAGGACAACUAUUACAUGUUGAUGCUACUACCAGCAUGCAGUAUCGAACCCUGUUAGAAGCAGAAAUGUUAGCAUUUCACAUCAAUGCCAGCUACCCCAGGAUUUGGAACAUGCCACAGACCUGGCAGUGUGAAUUAGAGGUUUAUAAAGCCACCUACCACUUCAUCUUUGCACAGAAGAACUUCUUUACAGAUCUGAUUCAAGAUUGGUCUAGUGAUAAUGCUCCAGAUAUUUUUUCAUUUGUUCCAUACACAUGGAAUUUUAAAAUCAUGUUCCAUCAAUUUGAAAUGAUUUGGGCUGCCAAUCAACAUAACUGGAUUGACUGUUCCACUAAACAACAGGAAAAUGUAUAUCUGGCAGCCUGUGGGGAAACAUUGAACAUUGAUUUUUCUUUGCCUUUUACGGACUUUGUUCCAGCUACGUGUAAUACCAGAUUCUCCUUAAGAGGAGAAGAUGUUGAUCUUCAUUUAUUUCUACCAGAUUGCCACCCUAGUAAAUAUUCAUUAUUCAUGCUGGUAAAGAAUUGUCACCCAAAUAAAAUGGUUCCUGAAACUGGUAUUCCUGCUGAGUGUCAGAGUGGCCAGAAAACAGUUAAACCAAAAUGGCGCAACGUUACUCAGGAAAAGGCUGGUUGGGUUGAAUGCUGGACUGUCCCAAGUGUCAUGCUUACCAUUGAUUAUACCUGGCAUCCAAUUUAUCCACAAAAAGCAGAUGAACAGCUAAAACAGUCAUUGUCAGAAAUGGAAGAAACAAUGCUAUCUGUAUUAAGGCCAGCCCAGAAAACAUCAGAGAGAGUUGUUUCUUCUCCAUCUACUUCACCACGCCCUCCUGUUGAUCCCUCAGAACUUCCACCUGACAAACUUCAUGUGGAAAUGGAACUGUCCCCAGAUUCUCAGAUAACUCUCUAUGGACCGCUCUUAAAUGCCUUUUUGUGUAUAAAGGAAAACUACUUUGGAGAAGAUGACAUGUACAUGGAUUUUGAAGAGGCUGUCUCAAGCCCUGUCCUGUCACUGUCAACAUCCUCCAGUUCUGGGUGGACCGGUGUUGGAGUGGACAGUGACAAAAAAGAAAAUGAAAGUUCAACCAAAUCGAUUCAUCCACUUGCCUUGCGUCCCUGGGAUAUUACAGUGCUUGUUAAUUUGUAUAAAGUUCAUGGGCGUCUUCCUGUGCAUGGAACUACUGAUGGUCCUGAAUGCCCAACAGCAUUCUUGGAAAGACUGUGUUUUGAAAUGAAAAAAGGAUUCAGGGAGACCAUGCUGCAACUUGUCUUGUCACCCUUGAAUGUGUUUGUCAGUGAUAACUAUCAGCAGCGACCACCUGUGGAUGAAGUACUCAGAGAAGGCCACAUCAAUUUGUCAGGUCUCCAGCUGAGAGCACAUGCAAUGUUUUCAGCAGAAGGUCUUCCCUUAGGAAGUGAUUCUUUAGAAUACGCAUGGCUGAUUGAUGUGCAGGCUGGAAACCUUACAGCUAAAGUCACAGCACCACAGCUGGCAUGUCUCUUAGAAUGGGGGCAGACGUUUGUUUUUCAUGUGGUAUGUCGGGAAUAUGAACUGGAAAGACCAAAGUCAGUAAUAAUAUGCCAGCAUGGAAUUGAUCGUCGGGUCUGUGAAUCCAAGUUGAGUUGUAUUCCUGGGCCUUGUCCAACAUCAGAUGAUUUAAAAUACACCAUGACUCGUUUAGCAGUAGAUGGAGCUGAUAUUUAUAUUGUGGAACAUGGUUGUGCUGCAAAUAUAAAGAUGGGUGCAAUUCGGGUCGCAAAUUGUAACCUCCACAACCAGUCAGUUGGGGAAGGAAUAAGUGCUGCAAUUCAGGACUUUCAAGUGAGACAGUAUAUUGAACAAUUAAAUAACUGCAGAAUUGGACUUCAGCCAGCAGUGCUACGGAGAGCCUACUGGCUGGAAGCUGGGUCAGCCAACUUAGGUCUUAUAACAGUUGAUAUUGCACUAGCUGCUGAUCACCAUUCUAAACAUGAGGCACAAAGACAUUUCUUGGAAACUCACGAUGCCAGAACUAAAAGGUUGUGGUUUUUGUGGCCAGAUGACACCUUAAAGAAUAAGAAGUGCAGAAACAAGUGUGGUUGUCUUGGUGGUUGCAGAUUCUUUGGUGGCACAGUAACUGGCCUAGAUUUCUUCAAACUUGAAGAGCUGACACCUUCCAGUAGCUCUGCAUUUUCAAACAUAACUGCGGAAUCUGAUAUGUAUUACGGCCAGUCUUUGCUGCACCCUGGAGAGUGGAUCAUUACUAAAGAAAUCCCUAAAACUGUAGAUGGAAAUGUGAAUGGUACGAAGAGGAAGGAAUGGGAAAACAAAUCAGUGGGAAUAGAAGUCGAGAGGAAAGCUCAGCACCUUAGUCUUCAGGUGCCCUUACGGUCCCACAGUUCAUCCUCUUCCUCAGAGGAGAAUAGCAGCUCAAGUGCUGUGCAGCCCUUACUGGCUGGUGAGAAGGAAAGCCCCUCUUCUGUUGCUGAUGACCACUUGGUUCAGAAAGAUUUCUUACAUGGUACCAAAAGAGAUGAUGGCCAAGCAAGUAUUCCUACAGAAAUUUCAGGAACCAGUCCUGUAUCUCCUAACACCCAAGACAAGUCAGUAGGACAGUCUCCUCUUAGAUCUCCUUUGAAGCGGCAAGCCUCUGUGUGUUCCACCCGACUUGGUAGUACUAAGAGCCUCACUGCUGCUUUUUAUGGAGACAAACAGCCUGUUACAGUUGGAGUCCAGUUUAGUAGUGAUGUCUCUCGAAGUGAUGAGAAUGUGCUAGACUCACCAAAACAGAGGAGAAGUUUUGGUUCAUUCCCAUACACACCAUCAGCUGACUCUAAUUCAUUUCAUCAGUAUCGGUCAAUGGAUUCCAGUAUGUCAAUGGCUGAUAGUGAAGCCUACUUCUCUGCAGCUGAAGAGUUUGAGCCCAUUAGCAGUGAUGAAGGUCCUGGAACUUACCCUGGUAGAAAAAAGAAGAAAAAGCAAAUGCAACAGAUUGACUACAGUAGGGGUUCUAUAUAUCACAGUGUAGAAGGACCACUUACUGUCCAUGGAGAAAGCAUUACAGAUCCUCGAACUCUUCCAUUCAAAACUCACCCUUCCCAGGCUUCCUUUGUUUCUGCAUUAGGUGGUGAAGAUGAAGUCAUAGAACAUCUGUACAUUGUGGAAGGUGAGAAAACAGGAGAGACUGAGCAGAUCACGUCUCAACAGCCUGUGAUGAGUUGCUAUCAGACUUACCUUACUCAGUUUCAGGUAACUAACUGGUCUGUUAAACAUCCUACCAACAAAAGAACCUCCAAGUCCUCAUUGCAUCGCCCCCUUGACCUAGAUACUCCAACCAGUGAAGAAAGCUCAUCAUCAUUUGAACAACUUUCUGUUCCGAUAUUUAAGGUCAUCAAACAGGGACUCACUGCUAAUUCCUUGCUAGACAGAGGAAUGCAACUUUCAGGAUCAACUUCAAACACACCAUAUACUCCAUUAGACAAGAAAAUUGUUGAUAAUACAGAUGAUGAAACAUUAACAGAAGAGUGGACCCUGGACCAGCCUGUUGCUCAGACCAAGACAACAGCCAUUGUUGAAGUAAAAGGAACUGUUGAUGUUGUUCUGACUCCACUGGUGGCUGAAGCCUUAGACAGAUAUAUUGAAGCUAUGGUUCACUGUGCUAGUACCCGGCACCCAGCUGCAAUUGUAGAUGAUCUUCACACCAAAGUCCUUAGAGAAGCUGUCCAAAAUAGUAAGACUACCUUCUCAGAAAAUUUGUCCCCUAAGCAAGAUGUUCGAGGGACAAAAACUGAGCAACCUGUGAUAGGAACAACUAACCAGGGACAAAUUCAGACAAAUGCUACAACAAAGCAAGAUAAUGUGACAAUUAAAGGUCUGCAGGCUAAUGUGAGCAUACCAAAGGUUAACUUAUGCUUGUUACAAGCCUCAGUGGAAGAAUCUCCAGCCUCAGUUCCUAGUAGAAGUGUGACUCAUGUUUCCCUGGUGGCUUUGUGUUUUGACAGAAUUGCUACACAAGUUCGUAUGAACAGAGGUGUGGUUGAAGAGACUUCAAAUAAUGUAGACCCUAGUAAAACAUCAAAUUUUGAUAGAUAUGUUCAUGCCAGCAAGAUGCAGCCACAGUCAUCUGGGUCACUUAGAUCAAAUGCUGGAGCAGAGAAAGGCAAGGAAAUUGCUGCCAAGUUGAAUAUCCAUCGAGUCCAUGGGCAACUUAGAGGUCUUGAUACUACAGACAUCGGGACCUGUGCCAUCACUGCCAUUCCCUUUGAGAAGUCCAAAGUUUUAUUUACUCUUGAAGAGUUGGAUGAAUUUACUUUUGUAGAUGAGACGGAUCAGCACGCUAUCCCAGAUGUAACACGGAUAGGUCCCAGUCAAGAAAAAUGGGGCUGGAUAAUGUUUGAAUGUGGACUUGAAAAUUUAACUAUAAAAGGAGGAAGACAGUCUGGGGCAGUUUUAUAUAACAGUUUUGGAAUUAUGGGUAAGACUAAUGUCACAGAAAGGGGUGGAGUGCUGACAUCCAAUAAUUCUUCUGAUUCUCCUACGGGCAGCGGCUACAAUACUGAUGUCUCUGAUGAUAACCUUCCAUGUGACCGGACCAGUCCUUCCUCUGACAUAAAUGGAAACUCAGUCUCAGAUGAACAAGAUGAAGGAGUUGAAUCUGAUGAUUUGAAAAAAGAUCUACCUCUAAUGCCACCACCUCCAGAUUCAUGUAGCAUGAAAUUAACUAUUAAAGAAAUUUGGUUUAGUUUUGCAGCUCCCACCAAUGUGAGAUCUCUUACACAUGCAUUUUCUAGGCAGCUGAAUCUUUUAAGCACUGCAACCCCAGCUGUUGGUGCAUGGCUUGUUCCCAUUGAUCAACUCAAGUCAUCUUUAAACAAAUUAGAGACUGAGGGAACCUUGAGAAUUUGUGCUGUUAUGGGAUGCAUAAUGACAGAAGCAUUAGAGAAUAAAAGUGUACAUUUCCCUUUAAGAAGUAAAUACAAUAGACUUACAAAAGUUGCUCGCUUUCUCCAAGAAAAUCCUUCAUGUUUACUAUGUAAUAUUCUACACCACUACCUCCACCAAGCAAAUUACUCCAUCAUUGAUGAUGCCACAAUGAGUGAUGGGCUUCCUGCAUUGGUAACCUUAAAGAAAGGAUUAGUUGCUUUGGCACGGCAGUGGAUGAAGUUCAUUGUGGUGACACCUGCCUUUAAAGUAGUUAACUUACACCGACCAGCUCAGCCACUGAAACCUCCAGCUGCUAUGGACCAGGAACAUGAAGAUGGACUUGGCCUGGAUAAUGGAGGUGGUCUUCAAAGUGAUACCAGUGCUGAUGGUGCAGAAUUUGAGUUUGAUGCAGCCACAAUCAGUGAACACACAAUGCUUCUAGAAGGAACAGCUAACCGGCCACCACCUGGGAGCUCUGGACCUGUCACUGGAGCAGAAAUAAUGAGGAAACUUUCUAAAACUCAUACCCAUAGUGACUCUGCAUUAAAAAUAAAGGGAAUUCAUCCAUAUCAUUCUCUGAGUUACACCAGUGGAGACACUGCGACGGAUUCUCCAGUGCAUGUUGGACGUGCUGGGAUGCCAGUAAAGGAGAGUCCAAGGAAGGAGAGCCUUCUCAGCUAUCUGACUGGAAGCUUCCCAAGCCUGCACAACCUUCUGGAAGGCACUCCUCAGAGAAGUAGUGCAGCUGUGAAAAGUAGCUCCCUAACAAGAACAGGAAAUACAGUGGCCACUGACAUGUUGUCUGAACAUCCUUUGUUAUCUGAGCCAUCAUCUGUGAGUUUUUAUAAUUGGAUGUCAAAUGCUGUGGGUAAUCGUGGAAGCGUGGUACAAGAAUCUCCCAUUACAAAGUCAGGACAUAACAGUCUUCCAACAGGAGUUGCACCCAAUCUUCCUACGAUACCAUCAGCCUCAGAUUUCAACACCGUUCUGUCUAGUGAUCAGAAUACUCUGGAUGGGACACAUUCUCAGCACAGUACUAGUCAAGAUGAUGUGGCAGGCGUGGAAGAAGCAAAUCAAGGCUUUCCUGCUGUUCAACUUGCUGAUGCACAGGUUGUUUUUAAACCUCUUCUGAGUCAUACUGGGAUCCAGUCACAGGACACAAUGCCACUCUGUUACCGGAUGUACUUUGGAGAACAUCUUUCAUUUUCAGGAACUUUGGACUGCCUCAGAGCAGAUAUUGUAGAUUCAGACACAGCUAAAGACAGGAAAGGCAAAAGAGCAAGAAGGCAAGGCCAUGUGAAUCUUCCUCCGCUUGAGUUCAAACCAGCAUUAAUGUUGGAAACCUUCAGCAUCAGUGCUGUUGUGAUGGAAAAGUCAGUGUGUACUCCUCAGAACCCUACCAGUGCUCUUUCCUUUCAUGAUCUCAAUAAGCGCUAUUACAACACCUUCCACUGCAACUUUACUAUUUCCUGCCAGUCAAUAAGUCAACAUGUGGAUAUGGCUCUGGUUCGUCUUAUCCAUCAGUUCAGUACAAUGAUAGAUGACAUCAAAGCAACUCAGACCGACAUUAAACUUAGUAGAUACACAGCUGGAUCAGCUUCUCCUACACCUACCUUCAAAACCAGAAAACACCGGGAUUUCCGUUCAUCUGACUUCAGCCGUAGUUCUAGAGGAAGUCUCAAUGGUGGGAACAGAGUAAAUAAUGCUAAGAACAAACGGGCUAACAAUGAGAACAACAAAAAAGAAUCCCGAAACAAAAAUUCACUAGGAAGGUCUGAAAGAAGAACUUCAAAAGUAUCUAGGAAAGGUUCGAAAGAUGUAGUGGAUCACAUGACCAUCCAUAUGGAUGACUCAGAUUCUAUUACAGUGUCAGAACAAAGUGAGCCUUCGGCUGAGUGCUGGCAGAAUAUGUAUAAAUUGCUUAACUUCUACUCACUUAUCUCAGAUCCAACAGGAAUAUUGGAAAAAUCGUCAGAAACAUUUGGACCAGCAGGUGUUCGGAGUCCUACAGAGCCAACAUGUAGAGUUGUGUUUGAGAAUGAACAAGACAACAACAGUUUGACUAAAACACAGAGAAAACGUAGUCUGGUAACCUCUGAGCCUCAGCAUGUUACUUUAAUUGUGUUUGGGAUUGGCAUGGUGAACCGCACACACCUAGAGGCAGAUAUUGGUGGACUGACAAUGGAGUCAGAGCUGAAAAGGAUCCAUGGCAGUUUCACUCUUAAGGAAAAAAUGAAAGAUGUUUUACAUCAAAAGAUGACUGAGACAUGUGCUACUGCUCACAUUGGUGGGGUUAAUAUUGUGCUACUUGAAGGGAUCACACCAAAUAUACAAUUGGAGGAUUUUCCUACAUCUCCUACAAGUACAGCCAAACAAGAGUUUCUAACUGUGGUGAAAUGUAGUAUUGCCAAGUCCCAAGCCCUCUACAGUGCCCAGAGGGGGUUGAAGACAAACAAUGCUGCAGUAUUCAAAGUAGGAGCUAUCAGUAUCAACAUCCCUCAGCAUCCUGCCACCUUACACAGCAUGAUGGUUCGAAGCUCUCACCAAUUAUCCAAACAAAUCUCAGACCUUAUUAGACAGCCUUCCACAGUCCCACAGCCUAUGAAAGAAGAUAUUGCAACCCCACUGCCUUCUGAAAAAACUCCAACAAGUGUUAAUCAAACUCCUAUUGAAACAAAUGAAUUUCCUCAACUACCAGAAGGUUUAGAGAAGAAGCCUAUUGUUCUCAAAUUUAGCGCCAUGCUAGAUGGCAUAGCCAUUGGAGCAGCACUCUUACCAUCACUGAAAGCAGAGUACAAGAUGGGGAGAAUGAGAAGCCAUGGAAUGACAGGUGCACAGACAAGGUUUACAUUUGAGUUACCAAAUCAUAGAUUGCGUUUUACUUCAAAAGUUUCUGCAACAGAUAUGUCAACUAUCCCUCCUUCUGCAAGUCUUAAUCUUCCACCUGUUACCAUGUCAGGGAAAUAUAUCAUGGAAGAACAUGAUAGUUACUCAGAUCAAGUGUGGAGCAUAGAUGAGCUGCCUUCUAAACAGGGCUACUAUUUACAAGGAAAUUAUCUACGUUGUGUAGCAGAAGUUGGUUCCUUUGAACACAAUCUCACAACAGAUCUUUUAAACCACUUGGUGUUUGUACAAAAAGUAUUCAUGAAGGAAGUGAAUGAAGUAAUACAGAAGGUGUCUGAUCUUGCAAAGCAAAGGAGGCAUAAUCAAAAUUUUCAGAAAUACGUAAUUAAGAAUAUGUCGAUGGGUAUUCAGGUAACAGCCACCACUCCUUCAAUGAGAGCUGUGAGAUUUGAAACUGGACUGAUUGAACUGGAACUUUCAAACCGACUUCAAACCAAAGCUUCACCAGGAAGUAGCAGCUAUCUGAAACUCUUUGGUAAAUGCCAAGUAGACUUAAAUCUGGCAUUAGGGCAAAUUGUCAAACAUCAGGUUUAUGAGGAAGCUGGUUCUGAUUUUCAUCAAGUUGCCUAUUUUAAAACUAGAAUUGGAUUAAGGAAUGCCCUUCGAGAAGAAAUCAGUGGUUCUUCAGAUAGGGAAGCUGUGCUUAUUACUUUGAAUAGACCAAUAGUUUAUGCACAACCUGUGGCCUUUGAUAGAGCUGUGCUGUUUUGGUUGAAUUAUAAGGCUGCCUAUGACAACUGGAAUGAACAACGAAUGGCUUUACAUAAGGAUAUUCAUAUGGCGACAAAGGAAGUGGUAGACAUGCUCCCUGGUAUCCAGCAAACAUCAGCCCAGGCCUUUGGGACUCUCUUCCUCCAGCUGACUGUGAAUGAUCUAGGAAUUUGCCUCCCUAUAACAAAUACUGCACAGUCUAAUCACACUGGGGACCUUGACACCGGCUCUGCUCUAGUGCUAACCAUUGAAAGUACCCUCAUCACUGCAUGUUCCUCAGAGUCUCUGGUUAGCAAAGGCCAUUUCAAGAACUUCUGUAUCCGUUUUGCUGAUGGCUUUGAGACAUCGUGGGAUGACUGGAAACCAGAGAUCCGUGGAGAUCUAGUCAUGAAUGCUUGUGUAGUUCCAGAUGGCACCUAUGAAGUUUGUUCAAGGACUACAGGACAAGCUGCAGCUGAAAGUAGUAGUGCUGGAACAUGGACUCUCAAUGUGUUGUGGAAAAUGUGUGGGAUUGAUGUCCACAUGGACCCUAACAUUGGCAAAAGGCUUAAUGCUCUGGGAAACACCCUUACAACACUGACAGGAGAGGAAGAUAUAGAUGACAUUGCUGACCUCAAUUCAGUGAACAUAGCUGACCUGUCAGAUGAAGACGAAGUCGAUACUAUGUCUCCCACAAUCCAUACUGAAACUAUAGAUUAUCGAAGACAAGGAACAUCAUCUAGCCAGCCAGGAGAACCCAGAGGAAGAAAGAUUAUGAAACGUUUAGUGGACAUCAGAGAACUGAAUGAACAGGCGAAAGUCAUAGAUGAUCUUAAAAAAUUGGGUGCAAGUGAAGGAACCAUAAACCAGGAAAUUCAGCGUUACCAACAGCUGGAGUCUGUGGCUGUGAAUGACAUCCGAAGAGAUGUUCGUAAAAAGUUACGGAGAUCCAGUAUGCGAGCUGCUUCCCUCAAGGAUAAGUGGGGUUUAGGUUACAAACCAAGUUACAGCCGAUCAAAGAGCAUUUCAGCUUCUGGAAGACCACCUCUUAAGAGAAUGGAAAGAGCAAGUUCUCGAAUAGGAGAAACUGAUGAGCUUCCAGAAAUCCGUGUGGAUGCGGCAUCUCCUGGACCCAGAGUAACUUUUAACAUCCAGGAUACAUUUCCAGAGGAGACAGAACUGGAUCUUUUGUCAGUAACUAUUGAAGGUCCAUCACAUUACUCAUCAAACAGUGAAGGAUCAUGCUCGGUGUUCAGCUCUCCCAAAACCACAGGAAGCUUUUCACCAAAUGUCCCUUUCCAAUCUGAAGAUGGACGACGGGAUGACAGUAUGUCUUCUACCAGUGAAGACUCUGAAAAGGAUGAAAAAGAUGAAGACCGUGAGAGGGAAAGAUUCUAUAUUUAUAGGAAGCCCUCACAUACCUCUCGGAAGAAAGCCACAGGCUUUGCUGCUGUUCAUCAACUUCUUACUGAACGCUGGCCUACAACACCAGUCAACCGAAGUCUUAGUGGCACAGCUACUGAGAGAAAUAUUGACUUUGAACUUGAUAUACGGGUAGAAAUUGACAGUGGGAAAUGUGUCCUCCACCCGACCACUCUUUUGCAGGAGCAUGAUGAUAUAAGUUUAAGAAGGAGUUAUGAUCGAAGUUCUAGGAGUUUAGAUCAAGAUUCUCCUUCAAAAAAGAAAAAAUUUCAAACUAAUUAUGCUUCUACGACUCAUUUAAUGACGGGCAAGAAAGUGCCAUCCUCUCUGCAGACCAAGCCCAGUGACUUAGAAACAACAGUGUUUUAUAUUCCUGGAGUGGACGUAAAGUUGCAUUACAAUUCUAAGACAUUAAAGACCGAAUCACCUAAUGCCUCCAGAGGAUCUUCCUUGCCUAGAACACUCUCCAAAGAGUCCAAGUUGUAUGGUAUGAAAGAUAACGCAGCAUCUCCUUCUUCUCCUCCUUUACCUUGUACUGUCCAGAGCAAGACUAACACCUUACUUCCUCCCCAACCCCCACCUAUUCCCUCAGCCAAAGGAAAAAGCAGUGGAGGAGUAAAAACAGCCAAGCUCUAUGCCUGGGUAGCACUUCAGUCAUUACCAGAAGAAAUGGUUAUUAGCCCUUGUCUAUUGGACUUUCUGGAGAAGGCUCUGGAAACUAUCCCAAUUACACCAAUUGAAAGGAAUUAUACAGCAGUCAGCUCACAAGAUGAAGAUAUGGGGCAUUUUGAAAUCCCAGACCCUAUGGAAGAAUCAACAACAUCCCUAGUGUCAUCUUCAACGUCUGCUUACUCUUCCUUCCCUGUAGAUGUUGUGGUUUAUGUUCGAGUUCAGCCUUCACAGAUCAAAUUUAGUUGUUUGCCAGUAUCAAGAGUAGAAUGCAUGCUAAAGCUGCCAUCCCUAGACUUGGUUUUUUCUUCAAACCGAGGAGAACUGGACACUUUGGGGACUACGUACCCUGCAGAGAUCUUGUCCCCUGGUGGUAAUGCUCCUCAGAGUGGGACAAAGACUUCUGCCAGCAAAGCUGGAAUACCAGGCUCAUCAGGAUUAGGGAGCCCACUUGGCCGAAGUCGACACAGUAGCAGUCAGUCAGAUCUCACUGGCUCCAGCAGCAGCUCAUCUGGCCUGAGCUUCACUGCAUGCAUGUCUGACUUUUCCCUGUAUGUGUUUCACCCCUAUGGUGCAGGGAAGCAGAAGUCCACGGUUUCUGGUCUUACAUCUGGAUCAGGAGGACUAGGGAAUGUAGAUGAAGAACCUACUUCAGUCACUGGUCGAAAAGACUCGUUAAGUAUAAACCUUGAGUUUGUAAAAGUGAGCUUGUCUCGGAUAAGGCGAUCAGGAGGUGCCUCAUUUUUUGAAAGUCAGUCUAUAAGCAAGUCUGCAAGCAAAAUGGACACUACAUUAAUCAAUAUAUCUGCUGUUUGUGAUAUAGGGUCCGCUUCGUUUAAGUAUGAUAUGCGCAGACUCAGUGAAAUUUUGGCGUUUCCAAGAGCCUGGUACAGGAGAAGUAUUGCAAGGCGCCUGUUCCUUGGAGACCAAACUGUAAAUUUACCAACAUCUGGUCCAGGGACUCCUGAUUCCAUUGAAGGGGUUAGCCAGCACCUUUCUCCUGAGUCAUCAAGGAAAGCAUACUGCAGGACCUGGGAUCAGCCAAGUCAGUCAGCCUCUUUCACUCAUAUGCCUCAGUCACCCAACGUGUUCAAUGAGCACAUGACCAAUAGUACCAUGUCACCAGGGUCAGCAGCACAGAACCUCAAGUCCCCAGCUUCCAUAAGAUCAAGGAGUGUGUCAGACUCUUCAGUUCCUCGAAGAGAUUCAAUUUCCAAAACAUCAACACCUGUUAACAAAUCAAACAAAGCAGCAAGCCAGCAAGGAACUCCAUGGGAGACACUUGUUGUAUUCGCUAUCAACUUGAAACAACUAAACGUUCAAAUGAAUAUGAGUAAUGUCAUGGGAAAUACAACUUGGACAACUAGUGGUUUGAAAAGCCAAGGCCGGCUUUCUGUAGGAAGUAACCGUGAUCGAGAGAUUAGCAUGUCUGUCGGUCUGGGAAGGUCACAGUUAGAUUCCAAAGGAGGAGUAGUUGGUGGGACCAUCGAUGUCAAUGCUUUGGAGAUGGUUGCUCAUAUUUCUGAACAUCCAAAUCAGCAACCCAGCCACAAAAUACAGAUUACCAUGGGUUCUACUGAAUCUCGGGUUGAUUACAUGGGCUCAAGUAUCCUCAUGGGUAUCUUCAGCAAUGCUGAUCUUAAGCUUCAGGAUGAGUGGAAAGUGAAUUUAUAUAACACCCUGGAUUCAAGCAUGACUGAUAAAAGUGAGAUUUUUGUGCAUGGAGACUUGAAGUGGGAUAUUUUUCAAGUAAUGAUAUCACGAUCAACCACACCAGACUUGAUAAAAAUAGGAAUGAAGCUCCAAGAAUUUUUCACACAACAGUUUGACACCAGCAAACGAGCUCUGUCGACCUGGGGACCUGUUCCUUAUCUUCCACCCAAGACCAUGACUAACAACCUGGAGAAAAAUUCACAAGAACAAUUGCUCGAUGCUGCGCACCACCGACAUUGGCCUGGGGUGUUGAAGGUGGUAUCUGGAUGCCAUAUAUCCUUAUUUCAGAUUCCAUUACCAGAAGAUGGGAUGCAGUUUGGAGGAUCCAUGAGCUUACAUGGAAAUCACAUGACCCUGGCUUGUUUUCAUGGCCCAAAUUUCCGUUCAAAAUCCUGGGCCCUUUUUCAUUUAGAAGAACCAAAUAUUGCCUUUUGGACUGAAGCUCAGAAAAUCUGGGAAGAUGGCUCUAGUGAUCAUUCUACAUAUAUUGUUCAAACACUGGAUUUUCAUCUGGGUCAUAAUACCAUGGUUACCAAACCAUGUGGUGCUCUGGAAAGUCCCAUGGCAACAAUAACCAAGAUAACGAGACGUCGCCAUGAAAACCCACCUCAUGGAGUAGCAAGUGUAAAAGAGUGGUUCAACUAUGUCACUGCCACGAGAAACGAAGAGCUAAACUUACUUCGUAAUGUUGAUGCUAAUAACAUGGAGAACAGUACUACUAUGAAGAAUUCUAGUUUGUUGAGUGGAUUCAGGGGAGGUUCUAGCUACAACCAUGAAACAGAGACUAUCUUUGCAUUGCCAAGGAUGCAGCUUGAAUUUAAAUCAAUUCAUGUUCAAGAACCACAGGAACCUUCAUUACAAGAUGCCAACUUGAAACCCAAGGUGGAAUGCAGUGUGGUGACAGAGUUCACUGACCACAUUUGUGUGACUAUGGAUGCUGAGCUCAUCAUGUUUCUCCAUGACCUAGUGUCAGCCUAUCUGAAAGAAAAAGAAAAGGCCAUUUUUCCACCUCGGAUUCUAUCUACUCGACCAGGACAAAAAAGUUCAAUUAUUAUGCAUGAUGAUAAUUCCUCUGACCGAGAUAGAGAAGACAGCAUCACUUACACCACUGUGGACUGGAGAGACUUUAUGUGCAACACAUGGCAUUUGGAGCCUACCCUUAGAUUAAUUUCUUGGACUGGAAGAAAGAUUGAUCCAGUAGGUGUUGAUUAUAUUCUUCAAAAACUGGGCUUUCACCAUGCCAGGACUACUAUUCCCAAAUGGCUGCAGAGAGGAGUGAUGGACCCACUGGACAAGGUGCUGUCUGUUCUCAUCAAAAAACUUGGCACUGCACUGCAGGAUGAAAAGGAAAAGAAAGGAAAAGACAAAGAAGAACACUAGAAUAGUAGCUUCAUCUGUGAAAAACCUGAUUGUGUCCGUUAAGUUUUAUUACACUGGAUUUAUUUUUCAGCAUAACUUUAAAUAUUACUUUAAAUAAUUCUAAUUUUGUGGCCAUUAUUGUAACAGUUUUAAAUUAAUGUGUUUAUUCUAGUUCUACCAUUCUGUAUACAGUAAAGUAGUGCAUGAAAAUAUAAAUUUUAUGGAAAACUAUAUAAAAUAUACACAUAAAAUUUAUGAUUGUUUUAUGUGCAGUAUAAUUCUGCAUUUAAAAUAUUUGCAGAGUAACUGAAUUUUUUUGUUAUUGGCCAUAACUUUUAGAAAAACUCUUGUUGAUAAUGUGAUGGGGGGGUCUUUUUUAUGUAGACUUGUAUAAAUAUCUAUUUGUAUAUAAUUUGAGUAAUUGUGAUGAUUGUAUACAACAAAAAUGUUGUUUGUAAUUAUUGUAAUAAAGUCACAAUAAUGGCUUCAGCCCA